CUCUCCACUGCAUUCUUCAUCAUCUCCUUGCAUUAGAUAUCUCCUUUAAAACCUCCCCACCAAAUCCGAAAAAGACAAUAAUUAUUGCAUUUACAAGCCCUAUUCAAAAAAACAUGUUUCCCUCAACCAACUGCAACAACCCUUUUGAUGAAUCCUUGCUCACAAUAAGGCCAUCAUCAUCUCCUCCUUCACCAUUCACAUCCUCCUCUCAUCAAAACCCUACCCCCAAACACGACGACAACAACGACCUCCUCUUCAACUUCCCCUCGCCUUUCCUCGACGAGCAAGAGUCCCCCUUGAACCAAAUCUUCCUCCGCCCCCUCGUUCACCACAAUCUCGUGAAGUCAAAAAUCGAAGAUCAGAUUCCGGCCACCGCUGCUGCCCCAGCGCCGCGGCGGAGGGCCGGGAAGAAGGACCGGCACAGCAAGAUUUGCACGGCGCAGGGGAUAAGGGAUAGGAGAAUGCGCCUCUCUCUUCAAGCGGCUCGGAAAUUCUUCGAUCUCCAAGAUAUGCUCGGCUACGACAAGGCCAGCAAAACGAUAGAGUGGCUCUUCGCGCAGUCAAGCGAGGCGAUCAAGGAGCUCGCUCACGUGAAGAGCGAGUCAUUCCUCUCGGAAUGCGAAGACCUUUCCGGAAUCGAGGAGAUCAGCUCCUGCGCUGUGAUUCCGGAUAAGGCUUCGAGCAGCGCCAAGGCGCUGAGGGAGAAGGCGAGGGCGAGGGCGAGGCGUCGGACGCAGGAGAAAAUGCUGGUGAAACGCCUCCGUGUCGCUGGAGAUUGCUUCACACCAAACCCUAGUAUCCCUAUCGACGAAAUUAGGGUUUCUGAGGAGUUGGGAAUGGUUGAGAAUUUUUGGGGGAAUUUGAGCUCUGACUAUCAAUGUGCAGUUUCGGAUCCGAGUUUGGUAGGAUUUCUUGGGAAUUGGGAUGUUUUUUCGGUUGGAAAUCAGGUUUCUUUUGCAGGUAAUCUCGACUCAGUUUUCUCUGAAUUUCAUUAAUAUAAUAAUUAAGCACUUUUUUUUUGUUCUUCUAGCUAGCUAUAGUUAGUCUUCCUCACCUUGUGUAUAUCAUUUUAAGUAUGGAUUUUCGAGGACUUUACAUCGA